AUGCCCAGUAGCAUUGGAAAGAGAUUUAAACCUACGAAAUACAUCCCGGUCUCCACAGCAGCUGCCUUAUUAGUGGGAUCUACUACUUUGUUCUUCGUGUUCACGUGCCCCUGGUUAACAAGAGCCGUCUCUCCAGCCAUCCCUCUAUACAAUGGACUCGUGUUCCUGUUUGUACUCGCAAACUUCAGCAUGGCAACCUUCAUGGACCCUGGGGUUUUUCCACGAGCAGACGAAGACGAGGAUAAAGAUGACGACUUCCGAGCUCCGCUCUACAAGAAUGUGGAGAUUAAAGGGAUCCAAGUACGGAUGAAGUGGUGUGCCACCUGCCAUUUCUAUCGCCCUCCGCGCUGUUCCCAUUGCAGCGUCUGUGACAAUUGUGUUGAGGAUUUUGACCAUCACUGCCCUUGGGUUAAUAACUGCAUAGGACGGAGGAACUACCGGUAUUUUUUCCUUUUCUUGCUGUCCUUAAGCGCCCACAUGGUCGGAGUGUUCACCUUUGGGCUUAUCUAUGUUUUACACCAUGCGGAGAAGCUGGGGGCGGCGCCCACAGCCAUAACUAUGGCUGUCAUGUGUGUGGCGGGUUUGUUCUUUAUUCCAGUCAUUGGUCUCACAGGUUUCCAUAUUGUUUUAGUGGCCCGGGGACGCACUACUAAUGAACAGGUGACGGGUAAGUUCCGUGGUGGAGUAAAUCCUUUCACUCGAGGAUGCUGCGGCAAUGUGGAACACGUUCUCUGCAGCCCUCUGGCACCCAGGUACAUUGUUGAGCCAAAGAAGAAACAGCCCGUAAGUGUGAAACCACCGUUCCUGAGACCAGACUUAACUGAGCGACAAAUCACAGUGAAAAUAAGCGACAAUGGCAUCCAAGCCAAUCUCAACCGGAGCAAGUCUAAAGUUAGCCUGGAAGGGCUGGAAGAUAAAACCAUGGAUAUUCAGCCUCCUCUACCCCCCAAAGGAGAUUCCAGCAAGUACAGUGAGCUGGGGAGCAGCGAAGAGAGCAGCCUUUCACCCAAACUAAUGAGCCCUCCCACGCCUGCAAUGUACAAGUAUCGUCCAGCUUUCAGCAACGAUCCCAAAGUACACUACCACGGAGCAUCCGAACAGAUCUCCAUUCAGGAAGGACACAAGCCAGGAUCUGUGAUGGAGGAGAAUGACAGCAGCCUCGAUUACCAGUCGGAGCCCAGCCUGGAUAUCCCAAACUACCGGAAGAGUUCCCUUCACAAGACUUACCAGUCUUCCCCACUGCAGAUCGAUUCCUUUGCCGUCAACUCGAGGUCUUUGAGUCUGAAAUCUGCUAGCAGGAGAGGAACAGACAAAAUGCCCCUGCAUGCCAUGAAGUCAGAAGGGGCCACCUCCACACCUUACAAAAGCAUCUUUUCCCCCAACUCUCUCUCAAACAGGAAUGGGAGCUUGUCGUACGACAGCUUGCUCAACCCCAUGUCCCCCUCAGGGAGGAGGUGCAUAGCUCAUCCCGCCGUGGGCUCCGUUGGGUACCACUCACCGUAUUUGUCUGCCAAAAUGUGCCACCUGAGGGGCAGGGAGCUUCAGCGCAUGCCCCCACAGAGCUUCAGCCCUGUGCUGGGCAGCUCGGCCCUGCACCCACGUGACCCCUCACCAGUGCGCUACGACAACCUAUCGAAAACGAUCAUGGCAUCCAUUCAGGAGAGGAAAGAAAUGGAAGAGAGGGAGAAGCUCCUCCUCUCUCACCCAGACUCGGUGUUUGCAGACUCUGGUGUGUACGACACCCCUAGCUCCUACAGCCUUCAGCAAGUCAGCAUGCUGUCAGAAGACCCCCGUAGCAUAGUCAUGAGGUAUGGCUCUAGGGACAACCUGAUGACCGGCAACAGCUUUAGUGUGAGGAAUCCUGUGCUGCAGGCAUCCGUUUCUUCGCUCUCAAGUGCGAUGACCAGAACGUCAAGGACUUCCACUCCUUCCCUCCAAGCUGACCUAGCCAAUAACAAUGUCCAGGCCCAUCAGGCACUGCAGGGCAGGAUGAGCAAUGGCUCCUAUAAGUCACCCAGCCACCAAGUCCCAUCAUCCCCCGGGGGGAUUCCCAGGUCACCCUCUUAUGGAGGCCCAAAAGCUGUCUCAUUCGUUAACACCAUGGAGAUAACAGAGGCACAGCCUAUGGGGACUCCAAGGGAAGACAUCCAGCUGAAGACCCCUCACAGUAAAAUUAAUGGACAGCCAAAAGGAAUUUCCAGAGUAGAGUGUCGACUAGGUUCAACGUCUAGCUCCCAGGGGGCCCCCAUGAGUCCUGCUAGACACUCAAAUGUUAAGAAAGUGUCUGGAGUGGGUGGAACAACCUACGAAAUUUCAGUAUAAAAAGAAAUUCGUAAUAUAAAGAGCCAUCCGCAAACCCAGCCAUGAAGCUAGGUGCACUGUGAAGAGACACACAAUAAUGCCAACAAGAUGAAAAGUAGGAGCAGCAGCUGAUGGUGACCUUUCUGUAUUAUUUUGUGUUGUUUUUAUUAAAAAAAAAUACAUACACACAA